AUGAAAAAGAAGGCGGCAGGCAGUAGCGGAUGUAGCCACAUCAGCGCGCCCAAAGCUGCCACGUCCAAUUGUACGAGAAGCAAAAGCAGCAAUUGUGUUGACUCUGCCCCCGCUGCUGCUGCCAGCCAGAGCGCCCCGAAUGUGAAGCAGCCCGGCGAGGCCAGUAACGCUGUCAUAGACGAGGCGGAGGACGGUGAGGACGAGUCCAAGUUUCAGUAUCCGCGACUGCGCCGAACCGGGGGGAGCGGCAGUGGCGGUGGUGGUGGAGGCGGUAGUAUCAGGAUGAAGAACUUUACGCCAGGAGGGGGAGCCGCGGCCACGGCUACCAGAAAGAACUCCACCAACAACGAGCCCAUCCUACUGCAAACAGAGGGUGCGCCUGCUGCUACUAAGCCCACUGUAGCAUCCAAAGCGACUGAUACCACAACCUGUCCGGGAGAUGCUGCCGGGCGCUGCGAGACCAACAGAGCGGCAGGGGCGGAGGCGUAUGGAGCAGCGGUCGCAGUAGAGGUUUUAAACGCGGCAGCAGGCGAUGCUUGUAACAACAGCACCGCUCCAAUUUCAAGAAUGAAAUGCAACAAAAACGGAGAAUGCAGGAGGGACUCCGGCACCGGGAGCCUGCGCUCGAUCAUCUCCAACAAGACUGCCGGGGCGGGGAGGGCCGAGGACGCGUCCCUUAGGCGUGGUGCCUGUAACUCAGCCAGGGCCAGCAUGGAUGGUUCCGCGACAGGCUCCAUGACGCAGGGCCAGGGGGAAGGUAGCGCAAACCCCGGCGUCACCCCUGUUUCCACCGGCGUCCCCGAGAAAAAGGACUCCAGGGUGUCCUUCUCCAACGCGCCAAGCAGGAAAGCCUCCUCAUCGCUGCACGGCUCGACCCAGACCCAGACGACCCAGCAGCCUAGAAACUCUGUCACCUUCCAGAAGCCGGAGGAUGGACCCCAGAUCCAGGCCGAGGAUGCCGAGGCUGACGGAAGCACCUUCAUGCAACGACAAUUCAGUGCCAUGCUGCAGCCUGGAGUUAACAAAUUCUCCUUACGCAUGUAUGGGAGUCAAAAGGCGGUGGAGAGGGAGCAAGAGCGGGUUAAAUCAGCGGGCAAUUGGAUUAUCCACCCCUACAGUGAUUUCAGGUUCUACUGGGAUUUCACGAUGCUUCUCUUCAUGGUGGGUAACCUGAUUGUCAUCCCGGUGGGCAUCACCUUCUUCAACGAUGGGACGACCACCCCCUGGAUCAUCUUCAACGUCAUCUCCGACACCUUCUUCCUCAUGGACCUGGUCCUCAACUUCCGCACUGGCAUCAUCAUCGAGGACAACUCUGACAUCAUCCUGGACCCCAAGACCAUCAAGAAGACGUACCUGAAGACCUGGUUCAUCGUGGACUUUGUCUCCUCCAUCCCCGUGGAUUAUAUCUUUCUGAUCGUGGAGAAGGGGAUCGACUCUGAGAUGUAUAAGACGGCCAGGGCCCUGAGGAUCGUACGCUUCACUAAGAUCCUGAGUCUGCUGAGGCUGCUGAGGCUGUCCCGGCUCAUCCGCUACAUCCACCAGUGGGAAGAGAUCUUCCAUAUGACCUAUGACCUGGCCAGUGCAGUAAUGCGGAUCUUCAACCUGAUUGGUAUGAUGCUGCUGCUGUGUCACUGGGAUGGCUGUCUGCAAUUCCUGGUUCCCAUGCUGCAGGACUUCCCCCAGGACUGCUGGGUCUCCCUCAACAAGAUGGUGAAUGACACAUGGUCUGAGCUGUAUUCAUUUGCAGUGUUCAAGGCGAUGAGCCACAUGUUGUGUAUCGGCUAUGGUCGGCAGGCCCCGGAGAGCCUGUCUGAUAUCUGGCUCACCAUGCUCAGCAUGAUCGUAGGGGCCACCUGCUACGCUGUGUUCAUAGGCCAUGCCACCGCACUCAUCCAGUCCCUGGACUCGUCCCGACGACAGUACCAGGAGAAGUACAAACAAGUGGAGCAGUACAUGUCUUUCCACAAGCUGCCAUCCGACUUCCGACAGAAAAUACAUGACUAUUAUGAGCACCGGUACCAGGGGAAGAUGUUUGAUGAAGACAGCAUCCUGGAGGAACUGAACGAACCACUCAGAGAGGAAAUUGUCAAUUUCAACUGCCGUAAGCUGGUGGCGUCCAUGCCGCUGUUCGCCAACGCAGAGCCCAACUUUGUGACAGCCAUGUUGAUCAUGCUCCGCUUCGAGGUCUUCCAGCCUCGUGAUUACAUCAUCAGAGAGGGCACCAUCGGCAAGAAGAUGUACUUUAUCCAGCACGGAGUCUGUAACGUCAUCACCAAGGGAACCCUGGGAAUGAAGCUCUCUGAUGGCUCCUACUUUGGAGAGAUCUGUUUGCUGACGCGGGGUCGGCGUACGGCCAGCGUCAGAGCGGAGACGUACUGCCGUCUCUACUCCCUGUCUGUGGACAACUUUAAUGAGGUGCUAGAGGAGUACCCCAUGAUGAGACGGGCCUUUGAGACCGUGGCCAUCGACCGACUGGACCGCAUAGGCAAGAAGAACUCCAUUCUGAUGCACAAAGUGCAGCACGACCUCAACUCCGGCGUCUUCAACAACCAUGAGAAUGAGAUGAUCCAGGAGAUUGUUAAGUACGACCGUGAGAUGGUCAAACUGGUGGACCUCCAGAGACCCCGCACCAUGUCCAUGACAUCCUCCGUCCCUGGGGGCAUGUUCUCCCCCGCAGGCCCAUCCGGGGUCGGGGCCCUCGCCAGCCUCCAGCAGGCUGUGGCCAUGAGCUUCUGCCCCCAGGGGAUGGGGCCGAUGGCAGGGUCAGGGACGCUGCAGUCCCCCCGCAUGUUGCGGAGGUUCCAGGUGGUCCAUAGCCUGUCACAGAGCCCUGUUUCCGCAUCUCCUCUCCAGUCCCAGCCACCACAGAUGGCUCAUGCAACAGGAGUGUUUGGGUCGGCUAUUUCCAGCCCACCAGUCCAGAGCCCUCUGGCGCAUCCAGGACGGACAUUCCAGUACAUGGGGGGAGCGGGGCCGUCUGGGUCUCAGCUGUCCCUGGUGCAGCACCACGUUCCCAGCCCCACGCACACCAUCCAGAGGCCCUCCUCACACAAAAGCACCCACUCGCUCCACUCAGGCACCCUGAGCCAAGACGCCCGUGUCCUCUCCGCCUCCCAGCUCUCCCUCCCUCAGGAUGGAACCCCUCCUGCCGGCCCUAGCCCUCCCCAAUCUACCCACCCAUCCACCCACGCCUCCUCCACCUCCAUCGGCCCCCCUCAGCCCACUCACCCCAGCCAGCCUGGGCCCUCUGGGGUGGGGGUCCAGGUUGGGGGGAGACCCGCGGGAGUUCCACAGCGGGUGGCCUUCGCCUCCACUCCUCCCCCAGGAGGAGCACCCGGGAUGGGGGCGGCUGCAGCGGCGGCUGGGUCGGGGCUCCCGGCCUCUGGAGCUCCUAAGAAGGAUUCGAUCGUUAGCAUACCAGAGUUAGACUCAGCCCGGAACCGGCUGUCUUCCAACUUGUGACCCUAUGAGAGAUGCAGGAGAGAGGCCUUCUUCACAUGGGUGAAUCUAAACGUCUGUUUAUCUCUGUCUGGA